AUGGAAGAUCAGGUUUCUUCUUAUCAUGCAGCACCUUACGGUAUUAUACCAUUACCACAUCUUACUAUGAAUCCGGGUGUUACAUAUAAUUCAUGCGAAAAUGCGUCAGAUCCAGACGGGGAAAAUAAUAUUUGUGCAAAACGUUACGAUGUUAAUGAUAUGUUGCAACAAAUUUUAUCCAUUGUCGAUCAAAGUUUAGAUGAAGCACACCAGAAAAAACAGAUUUUUAAUUGUAAUCGUCUUAAACCGGCAUUUUUUCAAGUUCUGUGUGAAAUAAAAGAAAAAACCGCGAUUAACGUAAAACAUACGUCCGAAGAUGAAUCAGUAGACUCCCAAUUGAUGCGUCUAGAUAACAUGUUGAUUGCUGAAGGUGUUGCGGGUCCCGAGAGAAAUGGUCCUGCAAGUGGUUCAUCGUCAUCGGCCAGUGCAUUAGCACUUGCGUCAAUUAAUGAUGAACAAAGUCAUGCAAGACCGAUAGAUCCUCGUGAAAUCGAUCGUAUGGUACAAAUUAUUAGCAAGAAAUUUAGUUCAAUAGAAUUACAAUUAAAGCAAUCGACAUGUGAAGCUGUUAUGAUAUUAAGAUCAAGAUUUUUAGAUGCAAGACGAAAACGUCGAAAUUUUAGUAAAACGGCCACCGAGGUGUUGAAUAAAUAUUUUUAUUCACAUUUAAGCAAUCCAUAUCCAAGUGAAGAAGCAAAAGAUGAACUCUCAAGAAAAUGUGGAAUAUCAGUCUCUCAAGUCUCGAACUGGUUCGGUAACAAGCGUAUUCGUUAUAAGAAGAACUUUAACAAACCACACGAAGAAGCAAAUUUGUAUGCAGUUAUAUUAGAAAAAAUAGCUUCUCAAACGACAAAUGAACAAGGCGCACGCUGUGAAACUUCUAGUCCUGCUAGUAAAUUUGUCAAUGUGAAGCAACAAUUUUCAAUACUGGUCGUAGUCGCAAUAGAAAUAGACGUAGAAUAA